UCCAAUGAAAGGCCUGCAGAGCGAACUUCGGUCCGGGCAGCUCCUCGGUGCGAGGCAGGGACCUCACGAAGUAGCUGUGGACAUCGACAAUCUGGGCAGCUCGCCGCAGGAUAUCUUACUCUCUAGGCGGUUCACGUAAUCUCUCCAUCUGAAUGGACCGAUCCCCUGUGCAGGAUGGAAAAUAUUUCCAAUAGUGUUAAUGAUACGUUGCCACCGCUCUUUCGCUGCGAUCACCAAUCGUGUCCUCUCUUUCCCGUCUCCACGUUGAUCCCAGUGACAACCAUCUGUAUCGUUCUGUUCAUCGUCGGCGUCACCGGUAACACCUUAACAGUCCUGAUCGUGAGAAGGUACAAGGACAUGAAGACUACGACCAACCUGUACCUGUCCAGCAUGGCGAUGUCUGACCUGCUCAUCUUCUUGUGCUUGCCCUUUGACCUGUAUCGCCUGUGGAAGUACAAGCCCUGGCUCUUCGGGGAUUUCUUUUGCAGGUUUUAUCAGUACAUCAACGAAGGUUGCACCUACGCGACCAUAUUGCACAUCACAGCCCUGAGCAUCGAGAGGUACCUCGCCAUCUGCUUCCCCCUCAAAGCCAAGGUCUUCAUCACCAAGCGAAGAGUGAGAUCAGUUAUCGCCUUGCUCUGGUCUCUGGCCUUGCUGUCGGCUGUACCUUUCCUUUUCCUGGUUGGAGUGGAACAAGAUAUGUGCAAACACACCGAAUACGCCGUCAGCUCGGGGCUCCUAAACAUCAUGAUCUGGGUGUCCACCAUCUAUUUCUUCUUCCCCAUGUGCUGCCUCACUUUCCUCUACGGGUUCAUCGGAAGAAAACUGUGGAAAAGCAAGGACGAGAUCAGGGGUCCGAAUGCUGCAAACCGAGAGCAGUGUCACAGACAGACCGUCAAAAUCUUGGCUGUGGUUGUCCUUGCGUUUGCUACCUGUUGGUUGCCUUUCCACAUCGGCCGAAAUCUAUUCUCCAACAACUCCGUGAGUGGGGGCAUCGAUAUGUUCGUUUUCAGUCAGUAUUUCAAUGUCGUUUGCAUGCUGCUCUUCUACCUCAGCUCCUCCAUCAACCCAAUCCUUUACAACGUCAUGUCCAAAAGAUACAGAACGGCAGCUCACAAGCUGCUGUUCUCUCGCCAGGCUCGGCCGUGGUCUUUCUUCAGCACCCGGGACGUCAGAGACGACACUUUAGCUUGUACAGGGACAAGCACUAGUGUCUGAAACAGCCAAGAGAAACACUGGAUACAUCUACUGGAUAUACGGAAUGAAGGGGGAAAACGGAACGGAGAAAAUGUUAUUUUUGUAAAUACAGACUGUGUUUUUCUGAGUUCGUCUGUGUAAAUCGUCAUAUUGUACUUUGAUGAAAAUGUUCGCUCUAUUAAUGUCGUGUGCAAAUUUCGCUGCAUGCCUUUGGAUACUCCAAUUUUACAAUUGCUAGUUGGCUUAAGUUGGAUUGCGAUCUCUCAUUGUGCCAGUCUAUAAAAAGGCGCGGAAAUGGAAUCAAAAUAGAAAAUAGUUUUAAAACGUUGAGCAGUAGUUCACAGCCGGCUCAAUAUAAAGACGUGUACAGAACCGAAAUAACACGACCAUCUCCAAAGCAGAUUCGAAACGCUCUUUGGCAUUCGCACCGUUAGCAUUCUAAGGGGUGAUCUCUGACCAGAAACUACUAUGGACAACAUUAAAAGGUAAAUGUACAGUCGCCAUAGUUUUACGGGACCAUAGACGAGAGGUAAGUUUAACCUGAGGGUCACCAUACGUAUGUGAGGAGCCAUACUGAGAAGACAGAACCCUCACGGUAAGCACAAACGGUGCGGGAUUAAAAUAAACUGUUUGUGUCACUUUGCAUCCAAACCUGCGGUACAGCCAAGCUGUUCCAGUACAGCUACAACACUGGUAUCUUCCCAACAAUGCGCAAAAUUGCCCAAGUAUGUCUUGUGCAUAAAAAGCAGGAAAAGUCCAACCUGGCCAAUUACAGCCCCACCAGUUUACACUGGGUCACCAGUAAAGUGAUGGAAGGUUUAUUCAGCAGGGCUAUCAAGCAGCACCUGCUCAGUGACACCCAGUUUGGGGUCGGCCAGGACCACUCAGCUCCUGAUCUCAUUGCUGCCUUGGUCCAACCAUGGACAAAACAGCUGAACUCCAGAGGUGAGGUGAGUGACAGCCCUUGACAUCAAGGCUGCAUUUGAUCCUGUGUGGCAUCAAGGAGCCCGAGCAAAACUGAAAUCAAUGGGUCUCAGGGGGCAAACUCUCUACUGUUUGGAAUCAUACCUAACGCAUAGGAAGAUGGCCAUGGUUGUUGGAGGUCAGUCAUCUCAGCUCCAAGAUGUCUCUGCAGGAGUUCCUUGGGAUAGUGUUUUAGGCCCAACCAUCUUUAGCUGCUUCAUCAAUGACCUUCCCUCCAUCAUUAGGUCAGAAGUGGGGGAUGUUCGUCAUAGAUUGCAAUAUGUUUGGCACUAUUCAUGACUCCUCAAGUACUGAAACAGUCUAUAUGCAAAUGCAACAAGAUUUGGACAACAUCCAAGCUUGAGCUGACAAGUGGCAAGCAACAUUCAUGCCACACAAAUGCCAGGCUAUGUCCAUCACCAAUAAGAGACAAUCUAAUCACCACCCCUUGGUAUUAAACAGUGUUGCCAUCACUGAAACCCUCACCCCCUCCCAUCAUCCUGGGGGCUAUCAUUGACCAAAAGCUCAACUGGACUCACCAUACAGUGGCUACAAGAGCAUGUCAGAAGCUAGGAAUACUGCAGUGAGUGUCUCCCCUUCAAACUCCUCAAGCCUGGACGCCAUCUACAAGUCACGAAGCAUAAAUAUGACCAAGUAUUCCCCAAUUGCCUGGAUGAGCGCAGACCCAACAACACUCAAGAAGAUUGCCACCAUCCAAGGCAAAGCAGCCUGCUUGAUUGAUACCACAUCCACAAGGAUCUACUCCCUCCACCACUGAUGCUCCGCAGCAGCUGUGUGUACUAUCUACAAGAAGCACUGCAGAAAUUCACCAAGGAUCCUCAGACAGCACUUUCCAAACCCAUGACCACUUCCAUCUAGAAGGACAAGGGCAGCAGAUACAUGGGCACACCACAACAUCCAAGUUCCCCUCCAAGCCACUCACCAUCCUGACUUGAAAUAUAUUGCUGUUCCUUCACUGUCACAGGGUCAAAAUCCUAGAAUUCCCUCCCUAAUAGCUUUGUGGGUCAACCCACAGCAGGUCGACUGCAGCUGUUCAAGAAGCCAGCUCACCACCACCACCUCAAGGGCAACUAGGGACUGACAAUAAAUGCUAGCCCAGCCCACAUCCUACAAAUAAAUAGGUGAAAAAAGGUGCUAAUCAAGCACUUAGUCCCUGGCUAGAACAGCAGCUGGGAGUGUGGGUAAUUUGCCGAGAGUGGCUCACCUCCCAAUUUCUCCAAGUCUGUUUACUACCACUAAGGUAGAAGUUAGAAGUGUGGUGGGAUAUUUUCUACAUGUCCAGAUGGAAGAAGCUCCAACCAAACUCAUGAAGCUACAGCAUUCAGGGUGGAGCAGCAUCUAGAACAGCACUCACUCUUUGACUAAUACUCUUUAGCUACCAGUGCACAGUAGCUACAGCAUGCAUGACAGCAGCUGAGGCUUCUUUGGUUGUACUUAUUUCCUGAAACACCUGAUCACCAACACCUAGGGGAAAGCUAGCAGUGACAUGAGAAAUCUUCACAACCACUGCUAAGAUGUUAAUUGCUAUUCUACAAUUGUCCUCUUGUCAGAAUCCCAGAAAUGCCUAACCAAUAAAACUGGGCAGUGACCUUCACCAGAUAAUUGCAGGUUUAUGUCUAAACCUGCUUGAGGUUUACUGAAGACUGGUAUUAAUGCUGGUGUUCCAAUGACACUCACACACUGUGGAUUUUUUUAAAAAAGAAAUUAUCUCCGUGAUAUUGAGAAGAUGAUGCAACAAAACGCCUCUCUUGGAAACGUGCAAUGCAUCCAGGAGAUGGUUUUUGUCAUGGAUCACAUGAUUCAGUCAGAAAGAAAAUGAGGAACAUGCAACCAUACCCCCCAAAAAUUGUUGUCUGAUUGUAAAAUUAUUUACAGUCUGUGAAGAGGUGAAUUUAAUACUUACUGCAAUGAUUACAGCUGUGUACUAAUUAAAAUUGACUAAUGCACAAGAUUUACUUCUGAUAAUAUUGAUAGCUACAUGUUCCUACAAAACGAUAACUUUCAAAAAUUAUGUAACAAAAUAAUUAAAACACAGAAAUUGUUGUAUACUUAAAUUACCAUUACCAUUUAGACACGAGUGUACUUAAAGGGAGAUCAAGCAAGUGAGAAAUAGUGAUUGUGGCUCAUGCAGUAUUGCAGAUUUCAUGGUGCUGAUUGUAUGGUAAUUGACGUCACUGAACUGGUUUGUUCCAGUCAUUCAUGGUAACCACCAACUACUUAUCAUAGGCUUUGACAGGCUUUAGCUAAACAUCCGGGCUAAAUAUUAAAUGAAGGCAAAAACUGAGACUUUGCAUCAAUCUUACUUUAUACUACUUAUAAAUGUGGAGGAGAGUUUUAUGUCUCUUUCUGUUAAUCUAUGCUUUAAAUAUGAAAGAAAAUGCUUUAAAUGGAGUGUUCUGAAUACUAUGCAUAAUAUUCUACGUUUCAGCUUGGCUCUGUUCCAUGGAGUUCUCUCCACAAAAUGCUCUCGAU